GCCAAGAGGAGGUGCGCUUGCGCGUCGAGUUCUCCGGCCGAGCGCCAUUUUCGGACGAAGAGGAAUGGUAGAGAUAGGGGAAAAAAAUCAACAACUAUCGGGCGAGAGAAAUAAUCAAUACCUGAGAGGUGCGAGAAGAGAGAAUGAAUGUGCCAUUGGUACCUACGGCAUGAAGAGGAUAGCAUCUAUUAAUAGUUGUGGUGAAUGUUUGGAGGAGAGUGCUUUGGAUAUGGAGUGAUUAAGGAGAAAGAGGGACUGUGUCUGGAGUACUUGUGAACGUCUUUUAUUCGUUCAUGGGAUGUCGGCAUCGCUGGCUCCAACAGCUUUUGUUACCCAUCCCUGAUCUCCCAGAGGCCAGUUAAGAAUCAGCCGCAUUGCUGUAGGUAUGGAGUCACGUGGAGACCAGACUGAAUGAGGACGGCAGCUUUCUUUUCCUCAAGGACACUAGUGAAAAAACUGGGUUGUUAUAAUCGUCAACACUGAUGACAUGGUGACCAUAAGAUGCUGAAGGCGAUUGAAGUCCUCUUACUGGACAAACUAAAGUCAUAGUUUUAGGAUAAAGUUAAUAUUUAAAACAGAUGAGAAAUGACUACUCUCAAUCUGUGGAAUUCACUACUCCAGAGUGCAGUGGAUGUCAGGAUAUUAAGUAAAUAUGAGGAGAAGGCAAAAUUUUAAUUACUAAUGAAUUGAAGGGUUACAGAAAGGUGGGAAAGUGUUGAAGCUGAGAUGAGAUCAGGAUGAUUGUAUUGAAUAGUGGAGCAGGCUGGAGGAGCUGAGUUGCCAAUCAUGCUCCUCGUUCUUAUGUUCGUUAGAUUAUCUUUUUUAUCCCAGAUUUUUUUUAUUGAAGACAAAUUUGUAGGAUUUGAACUCCAGUCCCAAGAACAGGUUUCUGCAUUGCUACUCCAGUGUCAUUACCACCAUAUCACCAACUACCCUUGAGGCUUGGGUGGACAGCAUGGAUAGGGUUUGGGAGAUGGACCAGGGUACAGAGCCACAAACCAUGGGAGCGAUGAAAGAAUCUGAGAUAUUAAUUGAUGAGCAGUCUGCAUCAUCUGGAAUGCCCGAGCCCAGCCAGCUUCCUUUGGGAAUCCUAGGAGGGCAUGGCUUUUGGUGCAUGACAUGUGGAAAAGGUUUCAAGUGGCGCUGUCUUCUGAAUGUCCAUCUGCGGAUACAUACAGGAGAGAAACCUUUCGAGUGUCUCCUAUGUAUGAAGCGCUUCAGCAAGUCUAAUGAACUGCGAGUCCAUCAGCGCAUUCACACUGGUGAGAAACCUUUUGAAUGCAUUGUGUGCAAGAAACGCUUUUACCGUUCGAGCCACCUCAGCAGACACCAGCAGUUCCAUACGGGGGAGAAGAAGUUUGAGUGCCAAGUUUGCACAAAACGCUUUUUUACCUCCAGCCACUUGACCCGGCACCAGCGUAUACACACUGGUGAAAAGCCUUUUGAAUGUCGUGACUGCAGCAAGCGUUUCAACAGCCCUAGUGAAUUAACAGUGCACCAGCGAGUUCACACUGGUGAGAAGCCAUAUGAGUGUGUCGACUGCAAGAAACGUUUCAAUCGACCCGGUGACCUGACAGUACAUCGACGGAUCCACACUGGUGAGAAGCGGUUAGAAUGCCCAGAGUGCAAAAAACAAUUUAGUCGACCCAGUGAGUUGGUUAUCCAUCAGCGGGUUCACACUGGGGAGAAACCCUUCAAGUGUUCUGUGUGCAAAAAAUGCUUUUAUACAUCCAGUCACUUGAUCCAGCACCAAGGAAUCCAUACUGGUGAGAAGCCCUUUGAAUGCCCUCUUUGUAAGAAACGCUUCUACAGAUCCAGUAAUCUGACUAGGCACCAAAGAGGAGAAGGACAUAAUGAGAAAGGUUGGCCAAAUGGGACAUGUGCAAACAGAGAGAAGAGAAGGGCCUGGAAGGAAAAAUUGAAAGGUAGUGAAUCAUCUGAAGUGGCAAUAUCUACUCCCAGCCUGUGCAUAUCUGGUGUCAAGGAGGGAAAAGACUUCCAUUGUACUGUGUGUGGGAAAAGGUUUCGCUGGCCCAGCCUCCUGGAUACACACCUGCGUGUUCACACGGGAGAGAAACCAUUUGAAUGCACCUUUUGCACAAAACGUUUCUGCACUUCCAACGGGCUGCGAAUGCAUCAGCGAACCCACAGUGCAUAGGAGGUAGCUGUUGGAGCAGCAUUGUCUGACUCUGAUCCUGUUGACAGAUACUUCUUGCAUGCAGUCCUGUCUUUGUGUUUUCAGAAGAUUACCAGAAAUAGAAAACAUCUUAUUAUUUAUCCAC